UAGAACAGAAACCUCAAAAGCCCGAGCCAGGUGGGUUUCAAUCCUUUUUCUGUUCAGCAGGCGCACGUUAGAAGCAGAUAAAGCAGUCGAAAGAUAACCGGCCGGAAGAGCAUCCGAUGAGGUGCGCAGGAUAAGAAGCCAUGCCCCUCCUCCUUCCUCCCUGCCACUCUCUGUGUCGUCCACUCUGUAACUUCACCCCCCAAAAGGGACCCCUUUUCGGUUCUCCUAAAUGGCCCGCUCCGAAAACCUCUCUUUCCAUUGUCUUGUCUCCCAAAACCCUAGCUUUAUCUUGGAAUCUCCCAAUUUGGAGAAGAACCCACAUCGCCUUUUGCUCUCAAGAGGAAGAGACAGUCGAAGAGUUGGGGUUGCUGGGCAAGCCAACUCCCAAAUCAAUUGCCAACGGUUCUGUCACAGAAGUUGAGGUAAAACCCCAAAAGCCUGAUGAGGAAGAGGCUUUGAAGCCCUUUUUGAAGUUCUUUACGCCUAGGGAUUCAUUAGAAGAAUUUAGUGAUUCAGAAGAGAGUAAUGAGGAAAAUGGGGGAGUGGAAGAGGCUAAAAAGGUCUCUGUCGAGUACUACGAACCAGAACCCGGAGAUUUUGUGGUGGGAGUGGUGGUUUCAGGGAAUGAGAACAAGCUUGAUGUGAAUGUUGGGGCGGAUUUGUUGGGCACAAUGUUGACAAAGGAGGUGCUUCCUUUGUAUGGCGAGGAGAUGGAUUAUUUGUUGUGUGAUACAGACAAGGAGGCGGAGGACUUUAUGGUCCACGGGAAGACGGGAAUUGUGAGGAAUGAGGAUGCUUUGACUGCAGAGACUGUGCCCGGGAGGCCGGUCGUGGAGCUUGGGACUGUGUUGUUUGCCGAGGUUCUUGGAAGAACGCUAAGUGGCCGGCCAUUGCUGUCGACUAGGCGGUUCUUCAGGCGAAUUGCUUGGCAUCGAGUGAGGCAGAUUAAGCAGCUUAAUGAACCUAUUGAGGUUAAAAUUACAGAGUGGAACACCGGUGGCCUCCUUACAAGAAUUGAGGGGUUGCGAGCUUUUCUUCCAAAAACUGAGUUGAUGGGCAGAGUUAACAACUUCACAGAUCUGAAAGAGAACGUGGGACGCAGAAUACAUGUUCAGAUUACUAAAAUAGAUCAAGCCAAUAAUGAUUUAAUCCUCAGUGAAAAGACUGCUUGGGAAAUGUUGCACCUCCGAGAGGGGAAACUGUUGGAUGGAACUGUAAGGAAAAUUUUUCCAUAUGGUGCACAAAUAAGGAUAGGUGAAACUAACAGAAGUGGUUUGUUGCAUAUGUCAAACAUCACUCGAGGCAAAAUUACUAGUGUUGAUGACCUGCUUACAGUUGAUGAAAAGGUUAAAGUGCUGGUUGUGAAGUCAAAGUUUCCGGGCAAAAUAUCACUGAGUAUUGCUGACCUUGAAAGUGAGCCUGGCCUAUUUAUAUCAAACAAAGAGAAAGUAUUUGCAGAAGCCGAAGAGAUGGCUAGGAAGUAUAGGCAAAAACUACCGGCUGUUUCAGCAACUUGCAAGUCAGAACCCCUCCCAGCAGAUGCCCUGCCUCUUAACGACGAAGGGAAAUUAUAUUCAAAUUGGAAAUGGUUCAAAUUUGAAGCAUUAUGAACCAAAAUGGCUGAUUUUAAACAUGAGAAUAGGGAACCACAAAAUUCAAGACCUUUUAACUUUAAUCCACCCCUUUCCAGGCUGCUGCUACACAUGAACAAAGAGAAGGAUAUAUCUUAAACUAGGCAAUGAAAUGUGGCUAUUUAUUACUUUGUCUUGGGUACAUGUAAAUUAUUGCAUUUUUUCUGUUUUGUAUCUGAAGCCAUCACAAGCAUAGGAAUUGCCCAUGCAUGGAUGACUAAGCCCUUUUGUGAGUCGCCUCUGUUAUUACUAGAUUAAAGCCCAUUUUUUCUUCUCCA